UGCAGUUGCGAAUGCAGUAUCGGCACUUCGCUGCCUCGCGGUGCCGCUAAGGUUCCUGACGCUACUCCCUGGUCCUCCGCUCUUGCUGCCUUCCGCCAGCCGGGACAGCCCGCUCUUUCUAGCCUGUUGACCUCUCCCCACGCCGGGUUUUAAGGGCAUGGAUCCCGGUAGCAGCAGCAGCAGCGACUCGGCUCCCGAUUGCUGGGACCAGGUGGACAUGGACAGCCCCCCAGGUUUGGCCCCGAGCGGGGACGGAGCCGCUUCCUCGGCGGUGGCGGAGGCCCAGCGCGAGCAUCUCAGCUCGGCUUUCAGCCGUCAGCUCAACGUCAACGCCAAACCUUUCGUGCCCAACGUACAUGCUGCUGAGUUCGUGCCGUCCUACCUGCGGAGCUCACCGCAGCCGCCCGCCUCCGUCGCCGGCACGGAUGAGAACUGCACCCGCGUGGGAGACCUUGCAGGUAAAAGGCUGGGACGGGGGGCACCUGUGGAACCUCCCAAAGAGGAACUGGUAGUGCGUGAAGGUUCCAAUUCAGCCGUUACCAUGGAACUUUCAGAACCGCUUGUAGAAAAUGGAGAGAUGGAAAUGAUCCUGGAAGAAUCAUGGGAGCACAGUAAAGAAGUAAGUGAAGCAGAGCCUGGGGGUUGUUCUCUGAGUGAUUCAGGGCCCCCAGAAGAAAGUGGCCAGGGAAUGAUGGAGGAGAAAGAGGAAACAAGAAAAUCCAAGUCUAGUAUCGUGCCCUCAGGUGCUCCCAAAAAAGAACAUGUAAAUGUGGUAUUCAUUGGGCAUGUGGAUGCCGGCAAGUCAACCAUUGGAGGGCAGAUAAUGUUUUUAACUGGGAUGGUUGACAAAAGGACACUGGAGAAAUAUGAGCGAGAAGCUAAGGAAAAAAACCGAGAAACUUGGUAUUUGUCCUGGGCGUUAGAUACCAACCAGGAAGAACGAGACAAGGGAAAAACCGUAGAAGUGGGUCGUGCCUAUUUUGAGACUGAAAAGAAGCAUUUCACGAUUUUAGAUGCCCCUGGCCAUAAGAGUUUUGUCCCAAAUAUGAUUGGAGGUGCCUCUCAAGCCGAUCUGGCUGUGCUAGUGAUCUCUGCCAGGAAGGGAGAGUUUGAAACUGGCUUUGAGAAAGGUGGACAGACAAGAGAACAUGCGAUGUUGGCGAAAACAGCAGGAGUGAAACAUCUGGUUGUGCUUAUUAAUAAAAUGGAUGACCCCACUGUAAAUUGGAGCUGUGAGAGAUAUGAAGAAUGUAAAGAAAAGCUGGUGCCAUUUUUGAAAAAAGUCGGCUUCAGUCCCAAAAAGGACAUUCACUUUAUGCCCUGCUCAGGACUGACCGGAGCCAAUAUUAAAGAGCAGUCAGAUCUGUGCCCUUGGUAUUCGGGGUUACCAUUCAUUCCUUAUCUGGAUAAUUUGCCAAACUUUAACAGGUCGAUCGAUGGGCCCAUUAGGCUCCCAAUUGUGGACAAGUACAAGGACAUGGGUACUGUAGUUCUGGGAAAGCUGGAAUCAGGAUCCAUUUAUAAAGGCCAACAGCUCGUGAUGAUGCCAAACAAGCACAAUGUAGAAGUUCUUGGAAUUCUUUCUGAUGAUACUGAGACUGACUUUGUGGCCCCAGGUGAAAAUCUCAAAAUCAGGCUGAAGGGAAUUGAAGAAGAAGAGAUUCUUCCAGGAUUCAUACUCUGCGACCCAAGUAAUCUCUGCCAUUCGGGACGCACAUUCGAUGUCCAGAUAGUAAUCAUUGAGCACAAAUCCAUCAUCUGCCCGGGUUAUAACGCGGUGCUGCACAUCCACACUUGUAUUGAAGAAGUGGAGAUAACAGCCUUAAUCUCCCUUGUCGACAAAAAGUCAGGUGAAAAGAGUAAGAUCCGGCCCCGCUUCGUGAAGCAAGAUCAAGUGUGUAUAGCCCGUUUAAGGACAGCCGGAACUAUCUGUCUUGAGACUUUUAAAGACUUUCCUCAGAUGGGUCGCUUUACUCUAAGAGAUGAGGGUAAGACCAUUGCAAUUGGCAAAGUCCUGAAACUGGUUCCAGAGAAAGACUAAACCCUUCUCCUGAUGCUUCUACACAAUACUGUGAGGAUAACGGACAGCAGAUGUUCACCACCUUCUCUUAUUUAAUGCCCUGCGAUAGACUUAUUUCCAUAUUUUGCAAAAAGAAAUUUCACAGCAAAAUCCCAUGUUUUGUCAGUUUUCUCAUGUUGAGAUUCAUGUCACUGUUGACUUUCCCUUCAAGUUUCCUUCCUCUAUGCCAGUCUGCUUUCUUGGAUAGAAUCAGUAAUAGCUUUGUAAGUGAUGUGGAUAUAAUUGCCUACUGUAAUGAAAAAUUAAUAUAUUUUUAAUUUUUCAUUUUUCCUUUAGGGAAUUUAGACAACCUUUGUCAACGCAAACCAAUCAGAGUGUGUCAGUGCGUGUGUACAUGUUAAAAAGACAACUAACUUGUCACUAAAGUGCUCCAUUUGAAGAUCUUUGGUAUUUGAAAUGCUAUUGACUAAUGUUUACGAUUUGUAUGUAAUAUGAUUCCAUGAGCUUUUUGCUGUCUCGAGUAAUGGAGUAUGCUUUAGCCCUUGAGCUUUUCAAAAUUCCUUCAGUCAAUGUUCUGAAACAAUGACUUUACAAUCAGUGCACAAGUGUGUGUUUGUUAUGGGAUGCAUUUUAAUUUUGAAAAAGACAAUGUUAGGGCUCUUCCCAGUGAACCAUGUUUUCUGUGUCCAUGUCCAGUCAAU